CGCUCGGAAACGCGUCGUUGUAUAAUCUACGCGCGCGGUCGUGUUACUUGAAAGGCCUACAUGACCUCGGCUUUCCGGAAUUGGCUGUAUGGCAGCUCCCUACCUGCAGCAUCGUCCACACCGGCUACCUCCACACCAUCCAACCAAUCAGAGGCGAUACCGACUGUACUAGAGGUGUCUCCUCCACCAUCAGACGAUGAGGGCGAGGAAACCGAGACCGAAGACCGCGAGGACGAUGCUCCCCCGGCCUUUCCGAGCCUGAAUAGUGCACAGCGCGCUUCAGGAUCUGCCACCAAACCGGCCGAGCCUGUACCGAGUAUACUGAGCGACCGGCGAAAACUUCCGUCGCUCCCGGAUCCCCGACUAGCUUCGCGCACGUUGGGUGUACCUUCGACUUUGGCUCCUCCUGGAAACUCGCUCGCUUUGCCUCCGACCACCACGAAGCCUCCUCCCAAGCCAGCGAAGAACCGCAAGGUCGCGCUCGGUCCGGGAUGCGGCCCCCUAGAUUGGGCGAACUUGAAAGCUUCAGGGCAAGAUCUGCGUGGCGUUGAUACCCUAAUACGCGUCACACCGUCUAUGUUGAAGGAGCACAACAAGAAGGACGACGCUUGGUCCGCAUUUAAUGGCAAAGUAUACAACAUUACGGAUUACCUCCGCUUCCAUCCAGGAGGCGAGAAGGAGCUGAUGCGCGUCGCGGGACGGGAUGGGACCAAACUGUUCGCCCUCACACAUGCAUGGGUCAACGUAGACUAUAUGCUCGACGCUUGCAUGGUCGGAUUUCUCGUUCCUGGGAAUUAGUUGAUCAAGUGGGACUACACACAUCUAGACGUGCAUCACGAUCUACACGGUCGCGGAACUCGCGAAGCAAGUCUUAUGGCAGAGAUUUAUUAAACAGAUAGUAGCAGAGAGGUUAUAUUUCUUCUCUGCCAACAUCCCCAUAUAUAAUGUAAUAGAC